ACAACUCCAAAAAAGAUGGAGAAGCUCACCAAGCCUGUACUCUCUCCACUUCCAAAAUUCAAAUCCUCUCACAAUUUCAGAAAUUCGCACCUCUCUGACUCUACUCUCACCGCCAUCUACCACCCUCCUCCCCUCCACCGCCAUGAUUCUCCCCUCUUACCAUCACCGUCUCUCACUCUCACGGUCUCACUGCAAAAUCGUCAUCUUCCCAUGUCUGAGGGCCGAGGCAAAAAUGUCGUCGCUUUCUCUCAUCGCAGCCUGAACAUCGCCGCCGCCUCCAGCACGGUCUCCGUCGCCGCUUCUAGUUCGGUCUUCGUUGCCGCUUCCAGCAAGAUCUUGGCCGGUCUUAGUCGCAGCAUGUCCAUCAGCUUCUUGGCCAUUCGUCGCUCUUCCUUCCCUCUCUCGCUUUGGUGUUCUGUGCCUUUCCGCCGCUUCUGUGCUCUCUGCUCACCAAGUCUCGGUCGCUUCCUCUAUACUCUCUCUCGCUGCCAGUCAGAGCCCUUCACCGAUCUCCUCUCUUCUGGUUUUUUUGCCUCUUGAUGUCUUGAUUUGUGAUUAAUUGAUUAUUGAAUGUUGAUAACCUAAUCUGUUAAGAAUAUAUGUUGUCGAUAUCUUCUAGUUUUGUGAUUAAACCUUGUUACUUUACAACAGAAUGAACUAAUUAACAUUCUGGAUCCUUAAUUUGCUUGUACCAGAAACAAUUUUGUAUGUAUAUGCAAUUGUGACUGUGUGAAUGACAAUAAAGUGUUUGUGUGGUAAUGGUAGUGUUUGGGUAAAUGAAGGAGUGUGAAUGAUGAUGAAGUGUUUGUGUGUGAUCGGAUUCCUCUAAAAAUAGAUAUGAUAUAUGAUAUAUGAUUUUAAAUUGUUAGCAUUCUAAAUGUAUAUCAUUUCCUUAUUCCUAAUUUGAGUUACAAUAAUCAAUACUCAAUAGUUUAUUGAAUUUAGAAUGCCAAGUAGGUUGGUGGCUGAACCAGAGGUC